AUGUCGACACCCAACUCCAAUCCCAAUUCCCAUCCCUAUCCUCAACCCCAAACUCAAACCUCCAAUUUUAUCCCCACUACCAAAUCCACAUCCACAUCCACAUCCAACACCCCCAGUAUCUCCCACUCCCCCUCCCUCUCCACCUCCUCAAACCACAAAACCAUCGAAAUCUCUCCAAACCCCUCCAAUCCAGAUGCAUACACAUACGCAUAUGCAUAUCCAGACCUAACAACCAGCAUUGAAGAAAAAGAAACAGUAAUUGAAGAAACUCUAGCCCACAGAACAAGAACCAAUGGAACUCAGGUGACGACGGCGAGUUGGAGGGCGUUAGGACCGCCUCCUGAUGGGGGUUUAAGGGCUUGGACUCAAGUGAUCCUCAGCCAUUUGGUCAUCAUGAACACAUGGGGCUUCAUAAACUCCUUCGGCGUCUUCCAAACCUACUACGUAAGCACACUCCAACGACCCGCCAGCUCCAUCUCCUGGAUCGGCUCCAUCCAAAUCUUCCUCCUCUUCUUCAUCGGAACCUUCACCGGCCGCCUCACCGACGCCGGAUAUUUCCGCUCCGUAUUCCUCGUGGGUACCAUCAUCGGACUCGUAGGAAUCUUCAUGACAUCCAUCUCCACAACCUACUGGCAAGUCUUUCUCGCCCAGGGAAUCUGCAUGGGUCUCGGGAAUGGCUGUUUAUUUUGUCCGGCUCUGGCAACCUUAAGUACGUAUUUUAGUACGAAGAAGAGUUUGGUGAUUGGGAUUGCCGCCGCGGGAAGCGCGACCGGUGGUGUCAUUUUUCCUAUUAUGGUCCAGCAGUUGCUACCGCGCAUUGGAUAUGGAUGGACGAUGAGAUCUCUGGGUCUUAUUCAAUUAGUGUGUCUAGGAGUUUGUAAUCUGGGUAUUAGACAACGGGUUCCUCCUAGAAAGAGCGGUGCAUUAAUAGAUUAUGCAUCGUUCAAAGAUAUUCCCUACAUGUUAUUUGCGGCUGGGAUGUUUUUCAAUUUCUGGGGUCUCUACUUCGCCUUCUACUAUCUAGGCGCCUACGCGCGAAACAUCAUCGGUCUCCCCCUCCCAGAAUCAAUAACCAUAAUAAUCAUCCUCAACGCCGUCGGAAUAAUCGGACGAAUCCUCCCCAACCACCUCGCCGAUCGCUUAUUCGGUCCACUAAACACCCUCCUCCCUAUAACCCUCAUCAACAGUCUCCUCUGUUUCUCCUGGAUAGCCGUUUCCUCCCGAACAGGUCUCUAUGUAUGGGCAAUCAUGUAUGGGAUUUUUGCAGCGGGCAUUCAAGGCCUCUUUCCAGCUACUUUAAGUAGUCUUACGACGGAUAUGAGGAAAGCGGGAGUGAGGAUGGGAAUGGUUUUUACGGUGGUUAGUUUUGCAGUUUUGACGGGGCCGCCGAUUGGAGGGGUGUUGGUGCAGAGGAUGGGGGGAAAAUAUGAGUAUGCGCAGGUUUUUGCGGCGGCGGAUUUGUGCGUUGGGGCGGGGUUUUUGUUUUUGGCUAGACGGGCGCGGUCGAGGGUUUGGGGCGUGAAGAUGUGA